AUGUCAUUUUCUGCUGGUGUUAUAUUUGAUGUUGAAGAAGGAGAGUGUUAUGAAACUCCAAUAGACAAACAACCAUUUAUCCCGCAUUUUGAGAAUUACCAUUUAGUUGCUUAUUUAUAUUAUGACAGUAAUUGUACAAAAUAUUAUACUAAAACUCUUUUAAGUGAAACAACAUUUACUGGAUUAAAUAGAUUUAUUUAUGGAAAUAAUAUUCCUAAAAAUACUGGUGCUAAUCUAAAAUUAAGUUCUGAUAAAAAUCAUGGAAUUAAUAAUUAUUGGUUAAGUGACUGUGCUGAUGAUGACAUUAAUAAAAAAAGGUAUAUGGUUAAUAUUCAAAACAAAACAGUCAUAAGAAAGUCUUUUGAUUAUUCUGAUAUUGAUUGCACAGGAGAACCUAUUCUUAUUGAAACUUUUAAGUGCUAUGAAGUUAAUAAUGACAGGUAUAUGGAUUGUUCACGUGCUUUUCAAAAUUAA